UCACUGAAAUGUGAAUUUUUCAUUUCUUUCCUGUUUUUCCGAUACACAAUUUAUACAUUAUCUACAUUGUGAUAUUCUUAAUCACAAUACUGUACAUAAAUAUCGACAAAUGUUACGAUAAAAAGUGAGACAUCUGCGCCAUGAAGUAUGAAUUGCUCGGUAAACUUAGUUUAAAAUGUGUACUAGUUGGAGAUAGUGAAUGUGGUAAAACUGUUCUUGCUUCCAGAAUAACAUCUAAGGAGUUCAGAGCGGAAUAUGUACCCACUAUGUUCGACAAUUAUGCUGCAACAAUAUUUGUUGAUAAUGUACCAUAUCACCUCAGCUUAUUUGAUACUUCCGGUCGGGAUGACAUAAGUUCAAGUAAGCUCAGAGUUUUGUCAUAUUCAAAAUGUGAUUUGUUUCUGGUAUGUUUUUCUGUACAAAAUGAACAAAGUUUAAAACAUAUUGAAGAAAGAUGGAUCCCGGAAAUACGUAUGCAUCAACCAACCACACCAUUUAUUUUAGUCGGAACACAAAUUGACAAAAGAUUUGAAACGCCAGAUAUACAGGUGAAAUCGAAUAUUACAGUCUCUCCUACGCUAGCUACUGAAAUGGCUAUUAGAACAAAUGCGGAAAGUUAUAUAGAGGUGUCUGCUUUGUCAGAAGAUGGUGUUGACGAACUUGUGAAAGAAAUAGUUGUUAUUGUAAAUAGGUCUCCAGUUGAUAAAAGGCAAAGGAGUUCAUGUAAAUGUUGUAAAUUACUUUGAUACACAAUGUAUGUUUAGCCUUACCAAUUCAUUCUGAUUCUUUGUUUUUUGAGAUGCAUAGACAACUACACUUUUAGUUUGUAACACAGAUUUGUUUUUCUCUUAAUCAGUUAAUGACUUUUGAACAUCGGUAUACUAUUGUUGUACUUGUUUACAAAAAGGAUAUGCUUGAGGAAACAAACAAAAAAGACAAAAGAAAGCGAACAAAUUCUACAGUAUCCUUAAAACUAAGUUUGGUUUUUAAUUAUUCUACAUGCAUAAUAAUGAUGUAAGAUCUAAGGUAAUGUGAUAAUUAUUAUAUAAAAAAUUAUCUUUGAAAUGUUUUAUAAUUAUUUGAGAAUAAUUCAUUUUGUGCGAUGUUUUUUUUAUUUGUUUUAUAAAAAA